AUGAAAUCCUACGAUUCUAAGAUGAAAUUUAUUUUAAUCCUUGCUUGUCUGGUUGUCUAUGUGGUCCAAUCUGAGGCCCAGAGCGUAUCCUCUUGCCGGGGAUAUGUUGCAGCUGCACUCUACGUGGCCCAUAUACGGGCCCAGAGUUGUCGAGGACUUCCCCAUCGUCUGGACUGUAAUGGUGGAAGACAUUCGGGACACUCAGGACAAGGCUGCGGAAACCAUUCCAACAACAAUAUGUGGUACUGGAAUGGGCUUGAAUGCCUAUCGAUGCCCUAUCAUGGAUGUGGCGGCAACAAUAAUCGCUAUUGUACCAAGAGUCAUUGUGAGGAUAAUUGCCAUCGGCGGGGUUAUAAUUCAACUGCAAAAAAAAUAUUUAACUGA